AUGAUAUUCGUGGGACGGGAUGACUGCGAACUUAUGCUGCAGUCACGUAGUGUGGACAAGCAGCAUGCUGUCAUCAACUAUGAAUCGAAUACUGAUGAACAUAAAGUUAAAGAUUUGGGCAGCUUGAAUGGGACUUUUGUCAAUGAUGUCAGAAUACAGGAGCAAAUGUAUGUGACGUUACAAAUUGAAGACAAGUUGCGAUUUGGAUAUGAUAUCCUUUGA